AUGGACUUCCAUCUCGUCCCUCGAGGCGAAGACCGCAACUACACCGGGUUCCUGACGAAAACCAUCGUCUACUGCGGUUCCCUGAUUAUCUUCUUGGCCUGUAAGACUCCUUGGUCGCGUCCCACCACUCAUCCUGACCCAGCGCAGCAUUCGGCUUGA